AUGGCAGAGGUGAGGCGGCUCUACAUCAGAAACAGCCUAUUCAGGAAGAGAUGGACCUGGAUAUCGCCAAACUCUAAGCACCGAAGCAAGCGUCUGGUGAGGGCGAGGGUCGUCAUCGACGGGAAGAGGGAGAAGAUGGCGCUGUAUUUGGUGUCAAAGGGAAAACGUGUCCGAGUCUACAACGAGGCAAAGCUGCAGGAAGCCAUCGUGCAGGAAAACUGGUGCCAAAGAGAUGACAUAGAUGAUGACUACAACUCACUGAUAGGGAAACUGAAGGAGUGUUUAAGGAAGGCUAAGGGAGUAUGUCUAAGAGAAAAGAAGGGAAGAAUCUCGGAAGAAACUACGAAGUUACUUGAGAAGAGGAAAAAUAUGAAGAAGACUAUUGAAGAUCACCUUGAAUAUUCCAUUCUCAGCAGAGUGAUUCGUCAGCAACUAAAGAAAGACCUUGAGGUAUACCGAAUGGAGAAGCUCUUGAAGGCCGCUGAGGAAAAGAAGAGCCUCAAGAAAUGCAAGAGGGACAUGGUACUAUAUAGAUCGGAGGUGAUGGCCCUGAAGAAUACAGAUGGAAUACCAGUCAACGAUAAGAACGAGAUGGAAAAAGUUUGCGAAGACUUCUACACCAAGCUCUUUAAGUCUACCAGAAAUGUCCAGCCAUUACCACCACUCCAACAGGAAGAAAAUGUGCCACCUAUCCUUGUCAGUGAGGUUGAAAGAGCCAUCAGCUUGAUGAAAAACGGAAAGGCACAGGGAAAGACGGUAUAA